AUGCUCGGCAAGGUGAGAGGCUGGGUACAAAUCUGCCGGGGGGCUACCCUUUUGUUCCUUUUUUGCCACCUGGGUUACGUUGGUGGGCAGAUCCGAUACCCGGUCCCAGAGGAGUCACAGGAAGGGACUUUUGUGGGGAAUGUCGCCCAAGAUUUCCUGCUGGAUACCGAGAGCUUGGCAGCUCGCAGGCUGCAGGUCGCUGGAGAGGUGAACCAAAGACACUUCCGUGUGGAUUUGGACAGCGGUGCCCUGCUCAUCAAGAAUCCAAUCGAUCGAGAGGCACUGUGUGGGCUCAGUGCCAGCUGUAUUGUGCCCCUGGAGUUUGUAACAGAAGGGCCUUUGGAAAUGUACCGAGCAGAGGUAGAAAUUGUGGAUGUGAAUGAUCACGCCCCCCGAUUCCCUCGGCAGCAGCUGGACUUGGAAAUUGGGGAGGCAGCUCCUCCAGGACAGCGUUUCCCCUUGGAAAAGGCUCAGGAUGCAGAUGUGGGGAGCAACUCCAUCAGCAGCUAUAGACUAAGCUCCAAUGAACACUUUGCCCUAGAUGUCAAGAAGCGCAGCGACGGCAGCCUGGUCCCAGAGCUGCUCCUGGAGAAACCUUUGGAUCGGGAAAAGCAGUCAGACUACCGCCUAGUGCUGACUGCUGUGGAUGGCGGGAACCCCCCGAGAUCUGGCACGGCAGAGCUGCGGGUGUCAGUGCUGGACGUGAAUGACAACGCCCCAGCCUUCCAGCAAUCCAGCUAUAGGAUUAGCGUCUUGGAGAGCGCGCCAGCCGGCAUGCUGCUCAUCCAGCUCAAUGCCUCCGACCCAGACCUGGGUCCCAGUGGUAACGUCACCUUUUCUUUCAGUGGUCACACCCCUGAUCGUGUGAGAAGCCUCUUCAGCCUGCACCCCACUAAUGGAAAGCUAACUCUUCAAGGACCCCUAGACUUUGAGAGCGAGAAUUACUACGAAUUUGAUGUGCGGGCUCGAGAUGGGGGCUCUCCAGCCAUGGAGCAACAUUGCAGCCUUCGGGUGGAUCUCCUAGAUGUGAAUGACAACGCCCCCCACAUCACAGUGACCUCAGAGCUGGGGACUCUCCCCGAGAGUGCAGAGCCUGGCACUGUGGUGGCACUCAUCAGUGUGCAGGACCCUGACUCAGGUUCAAAUGGGGACGUGAGCCUCCGUAUUCCCGACCAUUUGCCCUUCGCCCUCAAGUCCGCCUUCAGGAACCAGUUCUCCCUGGUGACUGCUGGGCCCUUGGACCGAGAGGCCAAAUCCAGCUAUGAUAUCAUGGUCACUGCUUCUGAUGCCGGGAGCCCUCCUCUGAGUACCCACAGGACCAUUUUCCUUAACAUUUCGGAUGUGAAUGAUAACCCACCCUCUUUCUUCCAGAGGUCACAUGAGGUGUUUGUUCCAGAGAACAAUCGCCCAGGGGACCUUCUCUGCUCCCUUGCGGCCUCUGAUCCUGACUCUGGCUUGAAUGCACUUAUCUCCUACUCUCUCCUUGAGCCCAGAAAUCGAGAUGUGUCAGCAUCCUCCUUCAUCUCCCUGAACCCCCAGACGGGAGCUGUUCAUGCUACUCGAUCCUUUGACUAUGAGCAAACACAGACACUGCAGUUUGAGGUGCAAGCCCGGGAUCGGGGCAACCCGCCCCUUAGUAGCACUGUGACUGUUCGUCUGUUUGUGCUGGACCUCAAUGACAAUGCCCCAGCUGUACUCCGCCCUAGGGCUCGGCCUGGUUCCUUAUGUCCCCAAGCACUGCCUCCAUCAGUUGGUGCUGGCCACCUAGUCACAAAGGUGACCGCUGUGGACUUGGAUUCAGGUUACAAUGCUUGGGUUUCGUAUCAGCUCCUGGAGGCCCCAGAUCCCAGCCUGUUUGCAGUCUCCCGCUAUGCCGGGGAGGUGCGGACAGCUGUUCCCAUCCCAGCUGAUCUCCCACCGCAGAAGCUGGUCAUUGUGGUAAAGGACAGUGGUAGCCCACCACUCUCUACCUCCGUCACUCUCCUGGUGUCCUUGGAAGAAGACACUCAUCCAGUUGUCCCUGAUCUUCGAGAGUCUUCGGCUCCAAGGGAAGGAGAAUCCCGCUUGACCCUCUACUUGGCUGUAUCUCUGGUGGCAAUUUGCUUUGUUUCCUUUGGCUCAUUCGUGGCGCUCAUCUCGAAGUGCCUGCGUGGGGCUGCCUGUGGAAUGACCUGCUUUCCUGCUGGCACCUGUGCCUGUCUCACCCGGUCUCGAAGGAGGGAGGGGCUUCCUCCUUCCAAUGGGAUCCUCCGAAUCCAGCUAGGGUCAGAUGAUCCUAUCAAGUUUGUUGAUGUGGGCGGCCACUCUCAUGGUUGUACACCCUUGGCUUCUGCACCCACUCGGAGUGAUAGCUUCAUGAUGGUGAAGUCACCCAGUGCACCUAUGGCAGGGGAGCCCGUUCGCCCAAGCUGCCCACCCUCUGAUCUUCUCUAUGGGCUAGAGGUGAGACCUUUGCAGGCUCAGCCAAUGCUUGAGGGUUAUUCAGAUGCAGGCGUGUGGCUGGGCCAUGUCCCAGAGAAUAUAUUGGUCUCUCUGUAAGAGCCUGUAGUGAUGUUGCCACUUCUGUGAGUGGUAACUGUGUGGUAGAUGAUGUGCUUUUUGUGAAUUAACCAGAAAGUUUUCAUAGAUUAAUACUUCGGGUGGAUUAUGCCCUUGUCUGAGAGUAAGAAAUGAAAUGAGUGAUCAAGAGAUGGGGUGUUGUGGAAACAUGCUGCUGGAAUGUGGAGCAUAUAGAAGGCUCUCGUGUACGAGGUGCACCUAAACCCAGGUAGUGACUUUCUCUUCUCUUCCUGAAUGAGGGGCCAGGGUCUGGAAUACCUUAAUUCUAGGUUACCAUUCCCCAGCGGACUGAGGGAAACUUAUAUCUUUGCUCCAUAGUGUCAUCUACUCCCUCACCCACUGUGAAAGGGACUCUCUGCUUGAAAUGUUGUUGUUGUUUUGUGUUCAGCCGCUAAGUUCCAUCUGACUCUUUGCGGCCCUGGACUGUAGCCCACCAGGCUCCUCUGUCCAUGGGAUUUCCCAGGCAAGAAUACUGGAGUGGGUUGCCUUCUCCAGGGGAUCUUUCCAACCCAGGGAUCGAACCCACAUCUCCUGCAUUGGUAGGUGGAUUCUUUACCACUGAGCCAGCAGGGAACCCAUCUUGAAACAUAAGAGGAAAGAGCCAAGGGAUUAGAGAGGCAACAAGGUGGAAGCAAGGGUCUUUUUGUCCGAGGUAUUCAGGUCUCCCAAUCAAGUCCCCAUUGGGAUCGGAGCUAGGUGCAGUCGAUUGGGGCAGAGGAACAUUACCUCUUUGGGAGGGGGAAGGCAGUAAGUGAAAUCACUAAGUAUCAAAACCUGUCUUGCUGCUGAGGAAUUCAUAGAGACAGCCAAUCUGGGAGUCUUUAAGUAGAGUUCUUCUGAAUUGAUGAAACCAUAAAGCCUUGAGGCCAUGCCUAGAUUCUAGCCACCUUCCUUGGGUGACCUGGAUCAGUCCUAGAAGUGUUCUCAUCCCCCACCGCAAGCUGUGAUGCCCAUUCCAUAGCUCAUGUGGAAUCUCAGAAAAAGUGAAUCCUUUAUAGCAUUGAGAUUGACAUUGAGAUUCCUCAAGGUACUGCUGGAGAGUCCAAGCAAGACUCUGAAGGGUCCUAACAAAUCUUUUCUUUCACUCUGGCAGUGUUUGGCAGGAUGGGAUAGGGAGGGGGUAACACGUGGGCUUUGCUUCCUGGAGAAGGACAACAUUUUGAUGGUUCAAGUGAAAUAGUGGGAGUUUCUGAAGUUACACAGGAAGUUGCUGGGACAGAACCCUGAGAAGUUUUGUACCACUUUGUCUUCCCUGUUGAGCGCCAUCUGAGCUGUCAAACUUUGCUGCCAAGGGAACUGAAUCAACCUGCAGCACGAAAUAAGUGGGGAGGUAGGAGGCUUCUGUGACACGGAUUUGCAGCGCCCGUUCCUAAGGUUUCCAGGACUGAGGAGACUUUAUAAUUGGUUGAGAGCAGACAGACUUUUGGGCCAAUCAGACUUAA